AUGAUAGUUACAUUCCGUUUCCAGUACGCAUGUAAUGGAUUGUAUUAUGAGAUCAUUGAUCAAGAGAGACUGAAAACAACAGCACUGGAGAUGUUUUUCUCAAGUUAUCCCAGAAUUGUAGGCAUAAAGCAUUUCCCAAAUAUAGCUACUCUCAUUCUCAUUGGCCAAAGUAUUUAAAAGAUUUCAGACCUAGAGUACUGCCUGUUGCUCAAAGAUCUAUGAAUUGUUGAAUGCUGUGUAGUGAAAAUGGAAAAUAGAUGGUCUAAAAAUUGUGUAAAUUUGCAAAAGCUUUAUCAUAAUGAAAUUUCCAGGAUUUAAAAUCUGAAAGCCCUAACAAAGCUGAAUCUACUUUGGUUGAAUAAUAACCUGAUCAAGAAUACAGAGGGUUUACAUACUCUGCAGAAUGUGCAAGAGGUCAACCUCAGUGGGAACUUAGUAGAAAGAAAUAGGAAGCUGGAAUGUGAAUUGGCCAAGCUGCAAAUGUUGGGUAAAACAUCAAGUAAUAAAUCUCUAAGGAUUAAGAAGCUGGAAACCGAUAAUUCAGUUCAUGAUAAUGAAGAUACAGAAAAGACAUGUCUUGAAAAGGUAUUCUUCGAAAAAAUAAAUGCACUGGAGAAAAGAAUAACAUUCCAGAACAGAAAACUGAAUGAAACUUAAAAAGAUUUCCAAGUGGAAAUGAAGAAAAGUUUUAAUGUGGUAGCACUAUUCUUGUUGAUGGAAUUGGAAAUAGUGGGAAACAUUCACGUUGAAGAAGCUUUAUCAAAUAAUCCAUGGUUUAGUUCUUCUUGUCAUAUAAUUCAAUUACAAUUUUGUACCUGGGACUACAGAUCAUACAAUAUCAUGGGAAUGAAAAUAAAUCACAUCUUUAGAGUGCACGAUGAAAUUCUGAGGCUGAAAUUUAAGGAGAAGUUUCAAAUAUUUCUGUAAAAAGAAGUUGUAAAUCACCAGAAACAACAUCAAGAAAAGAUGGAAUCUCUCUCUUACGUAUGCAACCCUGAAUAGCCAGUUAAGGAAAAGCAGCUGCUGCAAAUGCUGGAGGAUAGUUUUCAGGGUCUGGAAGUGCAUACAGUAUGCUAAAAAAAAAAAGCUUUUCUUCUCUGUAACAGUCUAAGCAUGUGUGGAUGUCCCAGAACAGAGUUUCUGAAACAAUAAGCUAAGGCAGAAGGCAAAACCAGCUAUGAUCCUGAGAAGUCAUUCAAGCAUGGUAAUUCAAAGAAAGUGAUAAUUGCAGAAGUUUUCCUUGUCUGCAUUGCGCCAGCUUGUGCAAUGAAUCCCAUCCAUCAAUUCAACUACCCAGAAGCUAAUUCAGUGUUCAGGCCAUGGAAAUGCCUAGAAAAUGAUGUGUCUACUUCUGGCAAUGAAAUGUGGGCUUCCUUGGAACAGAGAAAUUGUGGCUGCAGCCAUUGGCAUUGCGAGUGGUUUGUGUCUGACCAUGAACUUGUCCUGCCAGAAUACAUUGCUGAGUUUGAGUGCGUUACAGUGGUUUUGAAUCUGAAUGGAAACAGCCUGAGCGCGCUGCAGGACAUCUCUAGAUUAAAAACACUUCAAAAGCUUAUCAUCCGUUUUAAUGAAUUUACUUCCUUAAAUAAUAUUUAUAACCUGCCCAGUCAGGAAUAUUUUGAUGCAAACCAUAACCAUGUCGUCACCCUUGAGAGCAUUAGGGCAUUAAGCAAACCGGAGUUCUUCAGCCUGAGCUGGAACCAGCUGAAAAUGUCCAGGGAAGAUAUAAACAUCUUACAUAAACACACUCCCAAGUUACUUGGUCUUGACAUCACACACAACCCAUGGUUCAAACCUGCCUCAUUGCAGGUGAGUGUCAUUGGUGAGUUAAAGGCGCUCACUAACGUAGAUGGAGUCCUGGUUGCUAAUGAAGAAGCUGCAAAAGCAUUACAAUAUAUUGCAGGAUCAAAGAUGACCCAGAUCACUGUCUUAAAUCUGGAUGACCAACUCUUCAGAAUUUCCAACUCGGAAAAAUUGGAGCAUUUAAGAUGGGCAUCAUUUAACAACAACAAUCUCACACAAAUAGAAGGAAUAAUGUCUUGUCUUAACCUCACAUAACUCACUUUAGAUGAAAGCUACAAUUCAACACUAGAUGGAAUUUCAAAGCUCACCAAACUUACAAGACAUAGUGUAAACAACCAUCUUAUCAGCCUCAAAAGACAUGUGCUUGAAAAUCUGUCUCAUCCUCAUUACAUUUUCACUGAGAACAACAGAAUCACAUCAUUAGCCGGUUUAAAGAAAACUUACUCCCUGAUAGAGCUAUACAUAACUAAUAACUUUGUUUAUAUCAGCCAAGAACAUCAUUUAAAGGGUUUAACUAAUCUGAUAAUUUUGGACGUGAGUAGAAAUAGAAUAGUCUGGAAACAAGAUCACUACCAACUAUUUGUUUUAGUCCAUCUUCCCUCUCUCGAAGCCUUAGAUGGCAUCGCAGUAGAGCCAACAGAAGGAGAAAGGGCAAAAGAUUUGUUUGGAGGCAAACUCACCUCUGACAUGAUUGCAGAUAGACCGGCACAUUCCAACUUCACAGAAAUGCAAGAAUUAAAUUGGACAACCUCUGAUAUCAGGUCUGUAGAGCUGGUGUUAGCAGACCAGUUUAGAAAUGUCUGCAGUGUGAAUUUACUGAACAAUAAUCUCAUGUCUUUCAGUGGUUUAAUCUUCCUUCCUAAUGCCAAGGUAUUGUGUCUUAACUACAGUCACAUUGAAUCAAUGCUGCCUGGACAAAAGCUCCCAAAUCAGGUAACAAAUAGGCAGCAGCUGUACUGAAAAGUGGCUUCUCGUGUCUAUGGACAGCAAAGACUUGCCAAAGGAAGCAAGGUGGGAAAUGAACUGGCUUCUGAAAAGGAUGAUGAAAUGGGUUUUGUAGUUACAAACUCUCCAGAGGACUCUGGAUUUCUCACACUGUCAGCAAAGUUUAGAAGACAUAAUCCUCUCAGAAUAACAAAUGGGAAUCCAGAUGAAAACAUUAACCAUUUAUUUGGCUCUGAUCUUGUAUUUGGUCAUGAACUUGAAGAGCCUCUACUAAAUAUAUCAAAUGAAAAUAAGUCUAAGAACCCAGGAAUUAUAACAAAUAAUCUUUGAAGCAUCCAUGCAGAAAGAGCUCUUAGGCAAGCCAAAGGAGCAGCAACUAAUCUUCUAAACCAUUUGGUGCACCGCAGUGCUGCUUCUCGAACCAGCCAACUGCAUCAGGGCAAGACAGAAAAUGCAGGAUCUGUCUUUAAUCAGUAUUUAAUUUUUGAACUUCAAGGAAGAUUCACUGAUACAUCAAAGCAGGAAGACUACAGGAGUCAUUUAAGCUAA